UUCCGGAAUGCCGCAGCAAAGGGAAGGCGAGGCGGCCGGGGCAUGAGCGACGUGGUGGAGCGGACGCUGAGCGCCUUGCCCGGCUUGCUGGGGCAGCACGAGCCCGGGGCUGGCCUCGGAGGAGGCGGCGCCGGAGGAGGAGGAGGAGGAGGAGGGGGAGCCGGCCGGAGCGCGGCCACUUCGCGCCUCGGCGGCCUGAUCCGCAGCAUCACCGCGCUCGCCUCCAAACACGAGGAAGAAAAAUUAAUUCAACAGGAAUUAAAUAAUUUAAAAGCAACAGUUUCUGCACCAACUACAACACUGAGAUUGAUGAAGGAAUGCAUGGUGAGACUGAUCUAUUGUGAGAUGCUGGGCUAUGAAGCCUCUUUUGGAUACAUCCAUGCUAUCAAGCUAGCACAACAAGGAAAUCUUUUUGAGAAAAGAGUUGGUUAUUUGGCAGUUUCUUUAUUUCUUCAUGAAAACCAUGAACUGCUGCUUCUGCUUGUGAAUACAGUUGUGAAGGAUUUGCAGAGCACUAAUCUCAUGGAAGUGUGUAUGGCUCUUACUGUGGCAAGCCAGAUCUUUCCGCGGGAAAUGAUUCCAGCUGUCCUUCCACUUGUAGAAGACAAGCUGCAGCAUUCAAAGGAAAUUAUUAGAAGAAAAGCCGUCCAGGCGCUGUACAAGUUCUACCUUAUUGCUCCCAACCAAGUCCAGCACAUUCAUGAAAAGUUCCGGAAAGCACUUUGCGACAAGGAUGUGGGAGUGAUGGCUGCUUCAUUACACAUUUAUCUCCAAAUGGUGAAGGAAGACUCCUCUAGAUACAAGGACUUGACAGGCAGCUUUGUAACUAUUUUAAAGCAGGUGGUGGGAGGAAAACUCCCUGUGGACUUCAACUAUCACAGUGUGCCAGCACCUUGGUUACAAAUUCAGCUUUUAAGGAUAUUGGGGCUGCUUGGAAAAGACGAUCCAAGGGCCAGUGAAUUAAUGUAUGAUGUUUUGGAUGAGUCGCUAAGGAGAGCCGAGAUAAACCACAACAUCACAUAUGCAAUCUUGUUUGAAUGUGUUCAGACCAUUUACAUGAUUUAUCCUAAGUCAGACCUACUUGAGAAGGCUGCCAAAUGCAUUGGAAAAUUUGUCCUGUCACCCAAAAUUAAUUUGAAGUAUUUGGGAUUAAAGGCCCUCACGUAUGUUGUCCAGCAGGAUCCCAGCCUUGCACUCCAGCACCAAAUGACAAUAAUUGAGUGCCUAGAUCACCCAGAUCCCAUUAUUAAAAGAGAGACAUUGGAACUCCUGUAUAGAAUCACCAAUGGACAGAACGUCACUGUUAUUGUUCAGAAGAUGCUUGACUACUUAACACAAAGCAAAGAGGAAUACACCAUCAUCAACAUAGUCGGAAAAACAGCAGAAUUAGCUGAAAAAUAUGCUCCUGACAACGAAUGGUUCAUCCAGACUAUGAAUGCAGUGUUUUCCAUCGGAGGAGAUAAAAUGCACCCUGACAUCCCAAACAAUUUCUUGCGUCUCCUUGCUGAAGGUUUUGAAGAUUCAAAGGAAGACAGCCAGCUGCGGCUUCAUGCUGUCGAAUCUUACCUCAUGUUGCUAGAGGAUGAAAAUGCAGUUUUUCCGCAGAAAUUUCUUCAAGUGAUGAGUUGGGUACUGGGGGAAUACAGUUAUCUUAUGAAAACAGUGGACCCAGAAGUUUUCUUGGCAAGUUUGCAUAGGAUACUUAUGACGAAGGCUACCUCUGAAACCAAAGCUUGGAUUAUGGCUGCAGUGACUAAAAUAGCUUCUCAUACCACAUCUUCAAAAACAGUCGAUAAACUCAUUGUGGAAUUUGGUACCUCCCUGGACACCUGCAUGAGACAGUACGCAUUUGAAUUAAAGCAUCUACACGGAGACAAAGAACUGAUGAAGAAGUUGUUCCCAGUUGAUGCUAGUUGUGAGGACAUAGUGGUAGAUGCUUCCUUAUCUUUCUUGGAUGGGUUUGUAGCCGAAGGACUGGACUGUGGAGCAGCACCAUAUAAACCUCACCACCAACGGCAAGAAGAGAAGUUGUCUCAGGAAAAAGCUCUGAAUUUUGAACCUUACGGGCUGUCACUUUCCCAGAGUUUCUCAACAUCUGGUUUUACUGGCAGACAGUCUCCAACUGGACUUUCUUUGGGUUCAGACAUCUCUGCUAAUAGUGCUGAGACAGGACAGAAGGAGACCAACAGUCUAAAGCUUGAUGGUGUGAAAAAACUAUGGGGAAAAGAAGGCUACCUCCCCCAGAAGGAAAGCCAGGUAGAAAAGGAAGACAGCGUCAACCCUGUUCUACACGGGAGCGCAUUUGCAGAGCACAUUGUCGCCAGCUUGCCACUGCAGUCUGAGCAAGCAACGACCAGCCUCUCGGAGGGAGAGAAGGAGAAGCAGCAACUCGCUUCGACGCUCUUCGUUGGCCUCGGGUCGCAAGGCAGCGUCAGUCUGAUGGGCAAAGGAGACUCCACAGCUCAGAAGUUCACAAGAAAAUCCAAAACCAGUGAAGCACCAAAGGGUGAGGGGAUGUUCAGUAUCCAAAGCACAGCCCGCCCUUCUCCGUGCCGAGAUGCAUUAUCUGAAAACAAGGAGCUAUUCCAAAACAACGGACACCUAAGGUUAAGGAAAGCUUCGCUGAGUUCUACGGAAAUUUCUGAAUCCAAGGUUGUGUUUGAAAGAUCUCCUUCUCUGCCAGAAGCUGGUGUGAAUGAUAAGCUUUUGGGUCACCGACUCUCGCCAUCCUCUCUGUUUGCAGAUGGCAAUAUGGAUAUUUUCCAUCCUUCUCCAAAUGCUCAGCCUGUACUCCACAAGCAACCCUCUUUGAUGCCUUUCUUGCCUGAAGAAGUAGCCAAACACCCUCAUUCAGAAAUCUUAGAACUUUGCACCAAUGAAACUUUGGCUUUGUACUCUUGUAAAGUCUGGACAGAUGACUGUGUCCUACUUUUUUUAUUUCUUUCCAAUCGAAGCGCUUCCACACUUAAAGAUGUGAAUUUGGAAUUGGAGCACACAGAACACCUUAAGGUCUUUGAAUGUCUUGGACGCCGUUUUGCUACAAUAGAAGCUCAAAGCGUCGAAAGCUUUCAGACACGUGUAGAGAUGGAGGAACUCUGCUCAUCAGGAAUGGUCUCCGGUUCCAUCAGUUACCACCUAGAAUCAGAUACACACCUAAGAUUUUCUGUUACAUUCGCAUUGUUGGAUUUUAUCAGACCAAUGAAAAUGACCACUGAUGAAUUCGGAAAACUGUGGCUCUCCACUUCAAAUGAUGUCAAGCAAAACCUAAAGAUUACAUCAUCUCAGGGAUCUCUGUCCGUUGUUCUAAACAUCUUGCAGAAGAAAUUGAAGCUACAUAUUGUUGAUAUUAUAGGUAACGAAGGGAUUGCAUCAUGCCGACUGCUUCCAUCAGUCCCCUGUUUACUACAUUGUCGUAUCCAUGCUGGGAUGUUGGUGUUGUGGUUCAGGUCACCUUGUUCUGCUCUUCCGGACUGUUUACUUUACCAAUGUCAGAAGGUGAUGGAAGAAUCCUGAGUGUCCCAGUGCCUCUUUUGGUUACUUCAUGACAAUAAGGACAUGUGUGGUUUUCUGAAAGGGUUUACCAAAGCCAACCCUUGCCUUGCUUGUCAAGAGUAGAGUUGCAUAGGCUUAGCUCCUAUAGAUGUUGGGAUGGGAUGUGACAGCUAGACUUCGCUGCUUGUACCUCCCAAUGCUCAGGAUCAGUCAGUCACUGACAAGGGACUAAAAUUAGGGGUAUCUGUUUGAACGAGACACGUUAUGCAAGAUACGUACUUUCUAUUACGUACUCAUAUAGGUCACAACCAUUUGCUCAUAGGAUCAGCUACUACUUGAAUUACUUCAUUCAUGUGGCUUACAGUGUAAAGACACUCCUUAAGCCUUGCCUACCUUUUACUCAUGAUCCUUUCUCAAAGUGGCAUUCUUACGCACCAGGGUUGUAGAAGCAAGAGACUGAGGCUGAUGAAACUGACAUUCAGUUAUAAGUUAUCCAUGAUUGUCCCAUGGUUGAAGGCACUGGCUGGAGGGACGGUGCUCCACAGCAAUUGUUGACGUGGUCACAAGCAACCUAUGAAUGCCAAACUUUGGAAGUAUGGGUCAUUGUUCUAAUGCACCUCACAAAAGGAGUUAAUAUUAGGGCUGCUGUCUUUUGUCUUUAUGUGAUGCCAUGCUAGGUAUCUGUAGCCAACGGGUAGAGGGGGCCUCAUCCUGCAGUAGAAUAAGAGUCUUGUAUGAAUGCAUCAUAAGGCUGUGUGCAAGUCUUUCAUUUGUCACUUGGCCGCAAUUUUGGUGUAUAUCCAACUUUGGCUUCCGAAGUUCUGUAUCUCCAUCAGAGCGCUGAUUGACUUUUAGUGUUUGAAAACACUAGACCUACAAUCCCAAAGGCUUCUUUAGGUGUGCCUAAGAGCUUGGGCAUCAACUCACAGAUGGUCUGACUUGAACAGCAGCCUGCCCCUCCACCCCUUCUGAUGCAUCGAUAGAUUUCCUUAAUUGCACCCGCCGUUGCCCAUGGUGAUAACAUAGUCCAUAGAUAUGUUUGCACUUUUGCAUUAUAAUAAAAGGAAUGGGAAGAG